CAUGGACCCAGAUAAGCUCAGGGAUUCCAAUUACAUCAGCUGCCGCAUUUUGACUUGCUCAUUAUACUUCCAGUUCCAGGCACACCAAUGGGCGAAGAGGAUGAUCCUUUUCUACUUUCAGACAUAACGAGAAAAUACUAAUUCACGAAACCAACGACGUCAAUUCAACUGUCCAGGUAGUUUGAUCAGGGAAACAUGGCUCGAAUCCCAGAAAUUAUGGCAGAUUGCAGGUCCCUCUAUCCUUGUUCGUCUUGCCAUGUUCUCCAUGACCGUCAUCACUCAAGCAUUCGCUGGCCACCUUGGUGAUCUCAAUCUCGCCGCCAUUUCCAUUGCCACCACUGUCAUCAUCUCAUUUAGUUUUGGUUUCCUGUGCUCUAGCUAGGCAUGGCGAGUGCGUUAGAAACUCUAUGUGGCCAAGCUUAUGGAGCCAAGCAGUACCAAAUGCUAGGAAUUUAUUUGCAACGGUCGUGGAUUGUCUUGUUUUUAUGGUCUAUUUUGUUACUACCCAUGUUCUUGUUCGCAACCCCAAUAUUGAAGCUGAUUGGACAGCCAGCUGAGGUCGCUGAGCAGACGGGUCUGGUGGCAAUAUGGUUAAUACCAUUUCACUUUAGCCUCCCUUUUCAUUUCACAUUACAAAGGUUCUUGCAGAGCCAAUUAAAAACAGGGAUUAUUGCUUGGAUAUGUGGGGUUGCCCUGCUGAUCCAUGUGCUUGUGAGUUGGUUUUUUGUUUAUAGGUUGAAAGCUGGGAUUGUUGCCACUGCAAUUACUCUUGAUUUCUCUUGGUGGGUUUCUGUUUUGGGUAUGCUUUGUUAUUGUGUUUGUGGUGGGUGUCCUCUUACUUGGACUGGUUUCUCUACACAAGCUUUUGUUGGACUUUGGUCGUUCUUUAAACUCUCUUUGGCUUCUGGGGUCAUGCUCUUGUUGGAGAACUUUUACUACAGAGUGUUGAUUAUUGUAUCUGGGUAUAUGCACAACACUGAGGUUGCUGUUGAUGCUCUCUCCAUUUGUAUAGGUAUCUAUGCCUGGGAAUCUAUGAUUCCACUUGGAUUUUUGGCUGCAACUGGGGUACGUGUUGCAAAUGAGCUUGGUGCAGGUAAUGCUAAAGGUGCCAAAUUUGCAACCAAAGUGUCAGUAUUGACCUCCCUAGCGGUUGGAUUCUUCUUUUGGCUAAUCGUCAUAGCUUUCCCUGAGAAACUAGCAAUGAUCUUUACCUCAAGCUCCUCUAUUAUUUCAAUGGUUAAAGACUUAGCAGUUCUACUGUCAUUCACCAUUCUCCUCAAUUGCAUUCAACCAGUUCUUUCAGGCGUGGCAGUUGGAUCUCGCUGGCAAGCAUUGGUGGCAUAUAUAAACAUUGGCAGCUAUUACAUAGUUGGUGUGCCUCUUGGGGCCUGUUUGGGAUGGCUGCUCCACUUUGGUUUUACUGGCAUUUGGGCUGGAAUGCUUAUUGGAACUGUGGUUCAAACACUGAUACUGAUCAUCAUCACCAUGAAAUGUGAAUGGGAAAAAGAGUACCACUUGAUCCAUACGUACGGAUGUAUCAGAAUCUCUUUACACGCCAAACGACCAUUUAAUUUCUCCGGCGCGUAUGCAGGCAGGCUGCGAAGUGAUCGGGCCUGCCCUCUUUCCUUUGAUCACAUCAUUAGGCUGGACUUCCUAUAGAAGAGCCCGUGCAUGAGACCCGUCUGGCCUGAUUCCUUAACUGGAUUGAGGUGUGUGAUCUGAACGGGUUUACUUCAAGAUGGGUUUGGUGAGUUUUGAGUUUGCCUUCCUUAUUAGGGCCUGUCCUCACCCUUAUUGUAGAAGACCCGGCGGU